AUGCCUCCCAACUUUCAGGACUGGACGCCCGUAGUUCUUCAGAAGGGCGGAGGCAGCCAGAAGCGCGUUACUAAAGAACAGGAGAUCAACAAGGCAAGGCGAGCUGGCGAAUCCAUCGAAACCGAAAAGAAAUUUCUUGGCGGAAAAAACAAGGCCACCAAAUCUGCCCUCAUCCCCAACGCUAAAAAGAUAGAGGAGGACACAGGAGAUUAUCACGUCGACAGAGUCUCCACAGACUUCUGCAGAGCACUGGCGGAGGCGAGGAGAAACAAGGGAAUGACUCAAGCGCAGCUGGCGCAGGCAAUCAAUGAGAAGCCUUCCGUCGUUAGCGAAUAUGAGAGCGGCAAGGCGAUUCCCAACGGCGCAGUUCUGCAAAAGAUGAGCAAAGCUCUUGGCUGCCCGCUGCCCAAAUGCGUGCAGAAGAAGAGAAUUGCGGAUGACUAA